AUGGGAAUUCUAAACAAGAAAGAUGCCGGCCGGGCCGGCAAGGGGUCAACCGGGCUCGGCCACCUUGCCUCGCUGCCGAACAACACGAACCCAAAGUGGUGGUUGGACCCUAGUCUCCGAAGACUCCAUUUCAUGCUCAUGUGCCUUACCAUAACUUCCGUGACAAGCGGGUUCGACGGAUCGCUUAUCAAUAACUUGCAAUCACUCUCGACAUGGAAGUCCGCCCUAAACCACCCCGACGCCAACAUGCUCGGCGCCAUAGGCGCCGUGCAGACUGUGGGUGCUUUUUUCGCAUGCCCCUUUGCGCCGAUGAUCAAUGACCGCUGGGGACGGAAAUGGGGCAUAGUGGUGGGAGGUUCCCUCAUCUUUGUCGGUGGGCUGCUUCAGGCUUUUUCGUAUUCAACGGCCCAGUAUAUUGUCGGGCGCAUCGUAGUUGGCGGGGGAAACAUCAUCGCUCUGGUUGGGGGAACUUCACUUAUCAAUGAGCUUGCCCACCCAAGGACCCGGAUGCAGAUCACGGGAUACUUCAAUGUGAUCUGGUAUAUUGGUGCCAUCAUUGCUUCAUGGCUUUGCUAUGGCCUUACCAUCCAUAUCCCUGGCUCAGCGUGGCAAUGGCGUGUCCCUACCUUGUUCAUCUCCAUCUUCAGCGCCCUCAUGGUGGUACAAUUCCCCUUCGUACCGGAGUCUCCGCGCUGGCUGAUAGCACAUGGCCAUGAUGAACAGGCACAUCAGAUUCUCGCUGAUCUGCACGCCAAUGGUUUCAUGGACGAUGGACUUGUUGCCGCUGAGAUCCUGGAGAUUAAAGAGACGCUCAGAGCGCAGAAAGAUUCCAUCGCCGAGUCAAGUACCUGGAAGGAAUGCUUCGGAAGCCCUGGAAACCGCUGGCGAAUGUUCAUAUGCAUCGGCCUGGCAAUUUGUAAUAACUGGACAGGUCAAAGCAUCGUGUCAUACUACAACACUCAGAUCCUGACACAGGCCGGUAUCACUGAGACACUACCUCAACUUGGCAUCAAUGGCGGCCUUAGUAUCUUCGACUUCUUUUGUGCAUUACUUGGCGCCUAUGUCUCCGGAAGAGUAGGGCGCCGACCAUUGUUCCUCACAUCAUUCAUUGGUAUGUUGAUUGGGCACACUAUUGUGACCGGUGUCUCAGCCAAGUAUGCGGAGACCAAAAUUGCUAGCUACGGCUAUGCGGUCAUCGCCUUCAUCUGGGUGGAGUCCGGGUUCUAUAACAUCGCACUCAACCCUUUGAUCUACGCAUACACCAGCGAGAUCCUGUCGUUUGCGACGAGGGCCAAGGGCAUGUCGCUGUUCCUGUGGACAGGGGAUUGGAAUGCCAUCAUUUCUCGUUACUGUAACCCCAUCGGUUUGGCGAAUUUAGGUUGGAAGUAUUACAUCGUGUUCCUGGUAUUCUAUGUGUUGGAAACUCUCUUCGUCUACUUGUACUUCCCUGAAACGAAGGGGCGUACGCUUGAAGAAAUAACGGAGAUCUUUGAUGGGAUCCAGGUUGCCAAUGAAGUGGUAUUGCAGGUUGAGAAAGGCGGAGGUGGAGAUGGCUUGACCAUCAUUGGAAAGAAGCCAGAAGUCGAGGUAUCCAAAGCUGAGCCUACAGGAGAGAUUUUGGGUGGAAAGAAGUGA